AUGAUGAAGGCAACCUACCAACUGAAGAUAGUUCCUCUCUUCUUCGAAAGCUUUUGGACAAGUUUGAUGGUCUUCAGACUUUUUGUUGGUGACAAGUUUGAUGCCAUGGAAUUGCAAGUCAACGUGCGGUUCGAUGCCAUGGAAUCAAGGAUCACUAAAGUUGAAGAAGAUGUCAGUGUUGAAAAAGUUUUUGACGGUGAUGCUCAAGUCCUGUACCCGACGUCAGAAAUUAAGUAUGUCAGGAAAACCCUUGACACAUUCAUUGCAUGGCCGACACAACUUGGGAAACUUGUAUCAUAUGAGGAUUCUCAUAUUAGUCCCAAGCUAUUGGCUGGACCUGUUCAAAGGUCAAAUGAUGUUGCUACAGAUGACCCGUUACGUGACUUGAUUAAGAGCCUGUAUGAUAUUUACGAGAAGCCUGUUGAGUUUAUGUGGAAUGGGACUAAAUUUGGGAUUCUGAAUGUAGAUGCAUCUUUAUUCUUAACAUAUUCUGAUGUAAAUGAAAUAAUAUCAGGUGACAAAUGUUUGAACAUAGCUAUACUACAGUUGUGGAUGAUGUUUUUGGAUGAGUGGUGUUCAAGCUUGGGUCAUGGUUCGGUGUAUGGAUUCCUCGAGCCCCAAUCCAUACACAAAGCAAAGGAUAGAUGUGUUGAAUGUCAACAUUACAUUCAAACAUGGGUGAAGGAUUCCCAACGAGAGGUCUAUCUCGGAGCUUACUUGAAUCAUGCAAUGAAGACAUUAAAGACUACUGUGGAUGGUAAAACUGAUCAAGUUGGUCCUCAGUGGAUUGAAGUAAAGAGUCAUGUUCAAAGAAAAGGCUAUGAGUGUGGCUAUUAUGUCAUGCAUUGGAUGUGGAACAUAGUAAGCAGGGGUUUAAAGAAUGAUUGGACCAUGUGGUUCGGCGAUGGGACACCAUUGGACGUCGAGACCAUAACAACAAUUCGCAAGAAAUGGGCAACAUAUUUUGUAAAAGUUAAAAACACAAAAUUGAGAAAGGUGUAG